CUGCCGCUGCCGCCCUAUCACGUUUCAGACGAAAACUUGCGGGAUAAAGUGUGUGGAAGGGCCAUCCAUGGAUAGAAACAUGGCAGAGGCAGCAGUUGAAACGCCUGCUGUGCGGUUUUUCUGCCACAAAUGCAACCAGGAAAUUAACCCCGUAUUACCGGACUACAUUUGCCCCCGGUGUCAGUCGGGUUUCAUUGAAGAAUUGGCGCAGGGUCCCCCGGAGCACUCUAUAGAGGACUCUGAUGACGACUUAGACCAUGCUGCGCAAUUUAGAGAGCUUUGGAACAGUACGAUAAUGGAUGUGCUGCGAAGGCUUGAUCGCGGCCCUGGUGGUAUGGUGGAAGACAACCUGUCACCAGAUGCACCGUCAUCGUCAGCUUCGGACUCCAUGAUGCGGCGAAGGUCACCAGGACGAGCGGGCCGCAGGCCACAUCCUGAUAGCCAGGGGAGGCAGCCCCUGGAAGGCAUCAUUCACCAGAUUUUUGCCAAUCUCACUGGAACUACAGGCUUUAUCUCCAAUCAAGGCCUUCCAGUCAGGCUGGUCAACUUACAUGGAAACCCUGGAGACUAUGCCUGGGGCCGAGGGGGCCUGGAUGCUGUCAUUACGCAGCUCCUGAAUCAGCUAGAUGGGACAGGGCCGCCUCCUUUAGCAAAAGACAAGAUUGAGCAAAUCCCCACUGUCAAGAUUUCCCAGGAGCAAGUUGACAAACUGCUUCAGUGCACAGUAUGUAUGGAGGAGUUCAAGACGGGCGAACAGGUCAAGCGACUUCCCUGCCAGCAUCACUUUCAUCCAGACUGCAUUGUGCCCUGGCUGGAACUGCAUGGUACCUGCCCCAUCUGCCGCAAGCUGCUGAGUGAAGAGGCUGGACCAGAGUCGGCUUCUGCAGCCGGAAGCAGCAGUGGCUCGGGCACGUCACGGGCAGCGGGGCCACGUUCUCAGAGCAACGAUGCAGCCAUGGCGGCACUAUUGCGCAUGCACGCGGCAACACCCAGGGGUGCCCGCUCGUCCCACCAGCCGCCACCUGCGGCAUCGUCCUCUUCGUCCUCGUCCUCCGCAUCCUCACAACCGCCAACAAGCAGAGCUCGACGGCAGUCGCCUGCAAACUCAACGACAUCGCGGCGAGGAAGCCACCCGGGAGGCAACCAGUACUCGGUGUACGACUUUAACGACGAGUGUGACUGAAACUUCUUGGGACACCAACAAAAACACCCCAUGGAACUCCACAAGAAAAAAAAAAACGACACUUUUCCCCCUCUCCCAUCGGUGUGUUGCAGCUGGGACUGCAGUGCCGUGGAGAGAGAAGACUAGAUUGAUUGCUAAGAGAAAAAAAAAGUGAAGGGAGCAGGAGGUGUCUGGAAAAAAAGAGAAAAGGCCAUCGAGGCUCUGCCCAGUGUGUGGCCCAGUGUUCUACCCUUUCUCUUGUUGGACCUAGAAGAAGGGUUGUUACUGUGUGUGUAUGUAUUUUUUUUUUCUGUCCACUUCGCCUUGUUGCAAAAUUUAAAAGGCAGGAAUGGCAUAUUGCCUGUGGCAUAACAAGCGUGCAGACUUGGGAGAAAGCAGCAGACAGAUGCCUGGAACUGGCUUUCAGUUUAGGCUAAGGCUUUUCCUCGUGCAUUGCUCUGCAGGCUUGUUAAUGCGCAGCACUUUCUUGCAUUCUGUGGAGCAGGCCAGUUUCACCCCAUGCGGAGCUAGGACAUGGCGGUGUGGAUCCCAUGCGUAGGCUCAUGCGAAUAGGCCACAUGUACGCAGCCGGGCUCGUUACGAGGCACGGCAAGCUGUAAUUGGCUGUGUGGGUAAGUUUCCACAGAUUGCUGCCUUCUUGGCAACUGUUGCGACCUUCAGUUUGCCUUUGCCACAACCUCUGUCCAGCAAGCCUGAAGUAAAUAAAGGAAAAAUGGGUGAGUGCCUGUGCUAUACUGCUGUCG